AUGCCGGCGGUCGGACAACAGGUCUACCCCGGAGGCCGGACAACAGGUCUACCCCGGAGUUCGGACAAAAGGUCUACCCCGGCGCCCGGACAACAGGUCUACCCCGGAGGCCGGACAAAAGGUCUAAGCUGGCGCCGUUCGGACAACAGGUCAACCUCGGGGCCGGGAACACAGGUCUGCCCCCGGCGCCCGGAACACGAGGUCUGCCCCCGGGGCCACGGGGCCACAGCAUCCCAGCGGGGCCAGCGUGCAAGGGAAGCGCGGCGGCGGCGGCCCCCGAUGCGACUCGGGCGGUCGCUUCUGGGCCGUUCCUGGGCUGCUUCUUUCACGGUCCGCAGAGCCCUUCGGCCCUCGGCAGGGGUCUGCGGGGGGCCGCGGGGGGCUCGGCGUCGAGGUGCCCGGCGCCAGCACGGAGGCGCCGGCCCACGGCCCUCGCUCACAGAGAGAAAGAGAGAGGAGGUACAGAGAGAGAGGGAGAGAGACAGGGACACGCACGCCCGCUCCGCACACUCACAAUCCGACGCCACCCCCUCAGAGCACCCCCCCGCCCCCAACCCCGUCCCGCCGCUCCUGCACGCACUCUGGCGUGGCCUCUCUCCCCGUCCCUGCCCCCUGCCCCUGCCCUGUCUGCGGCAGCCGCCCGCCCAUCGACGGUUGGGGGCGCCCCGCCCUGCCCCGUCAGACUCCCCGGCGCCGCCCGCAGCCUUUACCCUCAAGUCCCCCGCCCGCUCUCUGCUCGGCCGCUUGGCACGUCUGCAGCGGCGGCAGGGCCGGGAGCCGGCCCACAUCGAGGCAGGCGGGGCCUUCGGCCGGCAGGGCCAGAGCCCGCGGCAGAGGCGGCAGCCCCUUUUCCGAGAAGCCUUCUCUUCGGCUCUCGCCCGGCCUUCCUGCUUUGACGGCCUUCCUUCCUUGGCGCUCCGGCCCGGCCCGGCCCGGCCCCGUCCCAGCCCGGGGCAGGACGGCCGAAGGAAGCGAGGGACGCAGAAAGGGAGGCAGGAGCCGGGCUGCCGUGGCUUUGGGCACAAAGGAGGAGGCGGGAGCGCCGCCGGCUCCUACCGGCCGGCUCCUUCCCUCUCUAGCCCGGCGCCCGGCGGCCAGAGGGUCGGUCGUGCGCGGGACAACAGGUCUACCCGGGCUCCAGAGGAACAGGUCUGCCCCGCCGGCCGGGCAGCCGGAGGCCGGGGCCGGAGGAGGACGACAGGGCCUAGCCCGGCGCAGGCACACGCGUUAAAGCCGGGGGCCGGAGGAGACGUCCGGCACCGGGACGACAGGUCUAGCCCGGGGCUUGGCUGCAACAGGUCUACCCCGGGCGGCGGCAGGACGCCGGGUCUGUACCCCGGGUGCAGGACGCCGGGUCUAGCCCGCGGCUUGGCUGCAACAGUCGUGCCGGCCUCCUCCGGCGCUCGGCCCCGCCAGGAGCACGUCCGGCGACCGGGACAGCAGGUUUGCCGCCUAGCCGAGCGGCCGGAGGACCAAGUCCGGCCCAGGUGCGCGGCUCCCUGCGAGGGCUCGGUGCAGGCAAACCAAGUCCGCUUCGGGGACCCGGUCUACCCUGCAGCUGGCCGGGAAAAAAGGGCGGGCAGGCAGGAGGGCGAGGGAUCGCGCGCGGCCGCCGCGCGCGAUCCCUCGCCCUCCUGCCUGCCCGCCGCCGCCGGGGGCGCCACGCGCGGCCGGCCCCGCCGCACGGGGGCCCGUCGCACAUUGGCAACUGGUCUACCCCCAUGCCCGAAGAAGACGGCGGCCGACGGGCUUCCCCGCGCGCCCACCGCAUCCCCGCGCGGUGGGGGGGGGGGUAAAACCCGCCGCCGCCGCCGCCGCCGCUGCCACCGCCGCCCGCGCGGCCAAGCCCCCGCCCCGCGUCUCGGGCCUGGGACCCGCGCGGAGGGAAGUCGAGGCCUCGCGAGCGCGGCCCCCCUCCCAUCCCCCGGCGAGGGGAGAGGGCGCCUCUCUCUCGCGCGCGCGCGCCCGGAGCGCGCCGCCGGCGGCACGCGGCCCCUUGUUCGCGCCCGGUCGGGUCCGUGCGCGUGUGGGUGUGUGCCCGGGCCCCCGGAACUCCGCGUGCCGGGCCUGGGACCCGCGCGGAGGGGAGCGCCGAGGCGGACCGCGCUAGCGGGGGGCGCUCGCGCGCGCCCCCAGCAACCGGGGCCCCCUGUCGGCCCCGGCCCGCCGAGAGAGACGGGAAACGAGACGGCAACGGAGGAGGAGGAGGAGAGGCGCCGGGUGCCCCACGAUCAUGCGGUACGCGACGGGGGAGAGGCGGCGCCGCAUCCGUCCGCCCCUCCGCUCCCAACCACGAGCGGCGCUCCGCACCGGGCCCGCCCCGGGGCGGGGCGGGCGGCCGGCUAUCGCGAGCCCACCGAGGCGCCGGCGGCGCUGCGGUAUCGCUACGUCUAG